GUACAGCUCUCGCCUCACAUCGCCGCACACUGGCGUCUGGAGCACAUGAAUGGAACACUUUGACCUGUAAGGAGUUAAAUAUACCCUUUCUUUGUGUGGUGUUAGUGUUAAAAGAGAAUCUACAUAGGAGGAAGUAGGAGAGCAUGAGGGGUCAAGGUGAUGCUGUUGAAUUGUAGGUUCCUCCAGGCGGAUGAUGAUUGCUGAUGGUGAUGAUGAUGCUGACAAAGCUCUCUGGGAGGGACAGUAAAGUUUGUUUGGGGGUGAUUUCACUCGCUUGAAAUCAUCCAGCUGAGGCUAAAGAGCUUCAGUGCUAAAGAGGGAGCUGCUGUGUGGCAAGGAAGGAAGAAAGAAAAAUCCAAUCGGGGCUUGUGACACAAAGCCAUCUCGGAGAUGAACUUUGGACAUCUGCUGCUUGGGUUGUUGGCUAUAUUCACCACCUCUGUAACAUCAGGGUCCCGAGUUCGGUUUGAGGAUAGCGGCCCUCGGAUUGUGGAGGACCCAUCCGACUUGAUCGUCUCCAAGGGGGAGCCGGCCACCCUCAACUGCAAAGCAGAGGGCCGCCCACCUCCAAGUGUGGAGUGGUACAAGGAUGGCGAGCGGGUGGAGACGGACAGGGACGACCCCCGCUCGCACCGCAUGCUUUUACCUAGCGGCUCGCUCUUCUUCCUGCGCAUUGUGCAUGGUCGACGCAGCAAACCGGAUGAGGGCGUGUACACCUGUGUGGCACGUAACUACUUGGGGGAGGCUGUCAGUCGUAAUGCGUCGCUGGAAGUUGCGAUCCUGCGAGAUGAUUUCCGUCAAGCGCCAAGCGACGUGGUGGUCGCUGCAGGCGAGCCCGCCGUCCUGGAGUGUGUGCCACCUCGCGGUCACCCGGAGCCCGUGGUGUCCUGGAAGCGCAACAACGUCAGGGUCAACACCAAAGAUGAACGCAUCUCUGUGCGCGGGGGCAAGCUUAUGAUCUCGCACACCAGAAAAGGUGACGCGGGCAUGUACGUGUGCGUGGGCACCAACAUGGUGGGGGAGCGCGACAGCGACCCCGCUGAGCUGGUGGUGUACGAGCGACCCGUGCUGGUGCGCAGGCCCGUUAACCAGGUGGUAAUGGAAGAUGACACCGUCGACUUCCUGUGCGAGGUCCACGGCGACCCUCCUCCCACUGUACGAUGGCGGCGAGAGGAUGGUGAACUACCCCGAGGGAGGUUUGAGAUUCGCAAUGGCAACAGCCUACGUUUAUUCCGCGUGAAAGAACAGGACGAGGGGACGUACACCUGUACGUCGGAGAACAGCGUGGGCAAGACUGAGGCCUCGGCCAUGCUGCAGGUGCACGUACCACCUCAGAUCGCUUCCAAGCCUCGGGACCAGAUCGCUUCCCAGGGGAGGAGCGUCACCUUCCAGUGCGGCACCACGGGUAACCCCCCGCCUGCCAUCUUUUGGCAGAAAGAGGGCAGUCAGAUGUUGCUAUUCCCUGGCCAACCACCAUCACAGUCAGGUCGCUACUCUGUCUCCAUGAGAGGGGAGCUGACCAUCACUGACGUCCACCCGGAGGAUUCAGGCUUCUACAUCUGCCAGGCCAUCAGUGUGGCGGGCAGCGUGCUGAGCAAGGCUCUGCUGGAGGUGGAAGGAGGACCUUCCGGCCAAAUUCCCCCGAUUAUUCGCCAAGGCCCGGCCAAUCACACGGUGUCCCGUGGCGCUACGGCUCACUUGCACUGUCAUGUCAUCGGAGGACCUUCGGUCAAGAUUUCAUGGGAGAAGGAUGGAGAUGCAAUCGAGGGGAACGACGCUCGCCUGACAUUGGAGGAGAAUGGCACAUUGGAAAUAAGAGACAUAGAGGAUGCUGACUCGGGCAUGUACACAUGCGUGGCUUCGAGUCCCACAGGGGAGACAAGCUGGAGCGGGAUGCUGACUGUCCGAGAAGGCCCCAUCUCUCCCCCGUCCCGCAUCUCUGAGUUCAUCCAGCUGCCGGGACCCCCGCAUAAGCCCGUGGUGACAGAUGUGACCAGAAACGGCGUCAUGCUCACCUGGCAGUCUAACCCGCACGAGGGUGGGGCAGCUGUAACCUCCUAUGUCAUCGAGGCCUUCAGCCAAUCGGUGGGCAGCACCUGGCAGACGGUGGCCGACCACGUGAAGCACGAGCGGCACACCGUCGUGGGACUCUUCCCCAACACUGUUUACCUCUUCAUUGUCAGAGCGCUCAACUCUUACGGCUUGAGCGACCCCAGCCCCAUCUCGGAGCCGGUCAGGACCCUAGAUGGGAGUCCUCCAGAAACAGGUUUGGACCACCGACAAGUGCAGCGUGAACUUGGCGAGGUGUCGGUCUACCUGUCAAAGCCCGCUGUUCUGUCACCCACCAGUGCCAAAAUUUUUUGGACCGUGGCCCGUCACUCCCGUUACGUUCAGGGUUACCGCGUGUUUUACCGCACCCUUGGCAGCUCCUGGCUGGUUCGGGAUGUGGAGGCCACGUCGGAUAACAGCGCCAUCUUGGCGGAUUUGCUCCACGACACAGAAUAUGAAGUGAAGAUACGGCCUUACUUCAACGAGCUGCAAGGACACGACAGCCUCAUGGUGUUGCUGCGUACCCCGGCGGAAGUGUUGAGCGCAGCGCCACAGGCGGUGUCGGUGGUGCAGCUCACCAACAGCUCCAGUAUCAGCGUGUCCUGGGAGCCGCCACCUCAUAAUGCUUACAGUGGCAUCAUUCAAGAGUAUAAGGUGUGGUGUGUGAGCAGCAGCUUGGACCAGGAGAAGCACAUCAACCGAACAGUGGACGGGACGGUGGUGUCCAUCCUAUUGGACGGCUUGCUCCCUGAUGUUCGCUAUGCCGCCAGUGUGGCCGCCGUCACCGGCUUGGGCGUCGGCGCUCACAGCUCACCUGUCCAUUUCGUUCUAUCCCGCCCAGGGGGCUUCAGCUCCACUCCUGUUAGGACGGGCAGAAGUGAUGUGAGCAUCUCGGAGCAGAUCACCGUGGUGGUGCGGCAGCCUGCUUUUAUUGCUGGGCUUGGAAUGGCUGCCUGGCUGGCUCUGAUGGGUCUAAGCGGCUGGUUCUACUGCCGCCACCGCCGUAGGAAGCAGCUGGGCCACUACACCACAUCCUUUGCGUACACGCCUGCUGUUGGCUUUGCUCAUGGGGAAGGAUCUGGAAUCAUCAAUGGAGGGCCUGGCAUGCUAGGCUCAAACAUGGGCAACUUCCCCUGGCUGGCCGACUCAUGGCCCACUCCCAACCUGAUGCACAACAGCAAAGAUUCUAUCAACUGCUGCUCUGGCAAACUUGACUCUGAGAAAUUUUACAAUGCUGUCGGUAUGGCCAACUACCACUCAGAGAAGCACGACAUGGCGUCCAACGACAGUCCCAUUUACAGCACUGUCAAUGCGGCGACUGAAGAAGACCUGCUAAGCUACUACGACACCUACUCUAGCGCCUCUUAUAAGCAAGGGCCUGACCCAUACAGUAGCAGCCCAACACUGUCCAACAGUGGCUUGGUGGCUCUUGAGCAGGACCUGGACCAGUGGACCAUGCAGUCUGGACACUCCACCUCUGAAUACGCCAAGCUGCACUACUCCAAGAAGAGCAACGAUAAACUGGUCAAGCAGAGAUCCACUGGGUCGGUGUGCACGCCGGCUCCCCUCACCUGGGUGGACGUUCUGUCUCUUCCUCUUCCUGCAAACAAGGACGGUCGGGCCUCUGAUGUGGAUAGCGAGGAGCGACGCAGCUCCGGGGAGGAAGAUGACGAUUGGUGUCCCCCGCUGCCCGCCAGGACUUACCUAAUGGAUGACCCCCCAGCCGCCUUCCAGUCGUCCCAUUCAGUCACAUCCUCCCCUCAGCGCGAUGCGGUGAACCCUGGUGAAAGUCUGAAGCCUCGGCACGCGGAUCUGUUAAUCCGUCAGCACUCCCACUUCUCCCAGUCCAACCCGGAUCUGUUGGCCAAGACCGUUGAGACGCACCAUGGCGGCAGUCGUUGGGCGGAAACCUUGAGGGGCGACGGCCUCUACAAAGGACAAUCUCCUGGCGCGCUUGGCGAAUUUGGCCCUGCAGCUCUGUCACACAGAAGCAGGACCAAGAAGAAAGCCCCUAAGGACGCAGCGCUCAGACGGGAGCCGCACAGCCAGACAGAGCUGCCUCCUCCUCCGGCCCCUCCGCUCCCCGACCUUGCAACCCAUGCCGUUGACGACCACCGGAGAGGUGCCACAAAAUGGCCGACACCGGAUGAAAAUGUAAUCCAGUUGGACUCGUCCAACCAGAUGUCGGACUACGGAUCGCUUGGUGGCGUAUUUAACAGAUCACCAGCUUCUACUGUACACACGAGGGACCAGAACCUCUUCUGAUCCGCCAAUUUCUCCAUUUCUGUCUCGUGAGCCAUCCAUUGACGAAGGACUUCACUUUCAAACCGUCUGUAAAAUAUCCAGACUCAACCAGAUGGAACCUUUCACACUUCUUACACUGUUUUGUCAGCCUGAUAAAGAUUAAAAAAAAAAAAUUAAAAAACAUUAUGUAAAUGUUAGCUUUUGCAGCCACCAUUAAACGGUGCACGUAUGCAAUCGAAUGAUAGGUGGGUGUGAGAGUGCUUGCUUGUGUGUGUUCAGUGUUUGCGUUGAUGUUGCGCCAAAAGUCAGGUAGCCAACCAGUGAUUUACUUUCUACUUGUAAUUGUAAACCUCUGCUACUAUUACAACAAACAUGUAAGAUGAAAAUAUUAGGGUGAAACAGCGCCAUCCAACGCCCUAAAUGUGAAUUGCGUCAAACGUUUAUGAGAACAAGUGACUGAGAUGAUGAAAGGAGCUCAUUAUAUUUCUGUUAUAAUAACCAAAUAAUUUGACUAUUUUCAAAACAUUAAAUUCUACAUUAUUUCACAAAUAAAAACUCAUCGAUGGAUUGCAUCUUUUAAUAUAAAUAUAACAAUUGUUUAAGAAAUUUCAUUUAAUUUGUAAAUUUUUUUAAAUUUUUGUAUUGUUCUUCCAGGUAUACCAUUAGAUACAUAAUAUCUGAAUAGAUAUUACGAUUGUUUUUGAAAUGAAAAAAAAAAAGAAAGGUUUUUUUUUAUUAGUGAUUAGGUGUAAAUUUAGCUUAUGAAAUAUCUAUUUUUGUUCGACUUCAGUAUUUGUUAAAUACUGGAAGGAACAGGGAAACUUCAAGCUUUGGAUCAAGUAUAUCACAGCAGAUAGAAUUUUGUUUCAGAAUUUAAAAUUUUUGUUUUAAAUUUUGUUAAUUUAAUCAAAAAUGGAUGGAUGGUUUAUUUAAGACGUGGUUGGCCCCGGGUGAAACUAAUAACAGUGCCCGGUGCACAGUCUUGCAAAAAGACUUUUCAUUACGGACAUUGGGGUCGCACAUGAGAGGAGAAAAACACCAGCGGUCUGUGGCAGCAGCUCUGUGUUUACACUUUACAGUGAAAUAAAAUUAAUUUUUUUGUCAUCAGAAAUUGUUGCGACAUGUUUUGGUCUUAAAUUAUAUUUUUAAGAUUUUAAAAAUGUCUUAAAAAACAUCAAAAUUGCCUUUUAAAUUGGUGCAAGAACCCUGUUUUAAACACCAUUUUUUCAGCCCAUCAAAUGUGAGUAUUACAUAUAGUCCACCAUUGCUUGUGACGUCAGUUAUACCCAAAACUUUCUACGCAAUUGCGAUAGCAAUCUUGUUUUAACGCGAGUUGUGACCCUAAAUAGUCGUAAAUACGUAUACGUAUUUUGCUUGGGGGAAUAAAAAGGAGAAUUUUGUGUAUGCUGUGCUACUCCAUUGCUGUAGGUUGGUCAAUGUUGAUGUAGGUUGGUAAAUUGCCAUACAGUGGUUCAGUGUAGUUUAUCUAUAACACCCAUGCUGCAGCUGUGCUGUGCUAGUGUGCUCUGUCGUGUAGUGUACAAUUAUUUCAUACUUGGAAUUUACUAAACUAAAAACGACAUAACGAAAAGGAAAAGGAUGUUCAACUAUUGCCAGAGGUGUCGCGUCCCAUUAGGCAAACCAGGCAAUUGCCUAGGGCCCCCAGCCAGCAGGGGCCCCCAGAGGGCCAACAGAUUUAGCACACGCAGCUUUACUGCACUGUCGCGGGCAUAAGUGCGACAGUGCCAGUGAAAGCCUUGUGUCCGAGUUCCCUGAAGGGGCCCCUUCACUCGCUCUACACUCCCCCCCUCCCUCACGUGACUCAGAAGCCCUUUUCACAUACAUAUCCAGGGAAAUUCCCGUGUAAGGUGACGCGGGAUUUACCCUCGUCAUUGCUUUUACUCCCAAAAAGAUGUCCCGAGAAUGAAGCGGGUUUCAAAGACUUGACCCGUGUUAGGGCAUAUGGCACGCUCUGGCUCUGCAAUCACCAUACAGCGCCAUCUCUUUUUUUAUCCAAAUUAUUUAUUUUAUAGCAAUUCUUCCUUAGUUUAACAUCCAUACAUUGUUUUAGUAUACAUACAGGACACCUGCCUAAAACUUUUGCACAGGACUGUAUAUUUUUAUUAUAUUAUGUAUAUACAGGAUAUAAUGUAUGUAUAUAUUUUCCCCAAGUACUGUAUAUGAAUAUAUAUUUAUUUCAAAAAGUUAGCGAGAGAGAACCCUGGCCCGGCCCGAUCAGGAUGUAAUAAUUGACAUUUUCCUUUCGUCAUGUUUUCAGUUUAAUUUAGCUGUUUCCAGCUUGCUAUGUUUAUAAUUGCGAUGUUUGUUUACUGCAUUUCCUCUUAGUGCGAAGAGGGAGGAAGUGACAUCGGCCCGCCAUGAUAUUUAAGUCAUCAGCCAUCUGCUGUGACCCGGGAAUUUAACGCCUGCUUUCACGCACACCGCUUCCCGGGAAAGUCCCGGACAUGAUACUAGGACGCGACCGGUGAAAUCGACACGGGCAAUUGUUUUCACACACAACUUCUGCACGGUUAAGUCCCGCGAUAUUCCCGGUGUUUUGGAGUAUGUGAAAGGGGUAGAGUGAAAGUGAGCGGCGAUUUGGCUUUUUUUAAAUUGGCGUAUAUCCAAAAUGAAGAGAAGUUAUCCUUGUGGAAGCGACAAAAGGAAGAAAAAAAAGCAGAAGAGGAAAAAAGGAAGCAAGACAGCAGUGAGUGUACUAUGUUAUUGUAGUUUUAUGUCCUAAUAUAGUAGAAGCUGGGCACUUUGAGUGUCCUAAAAAGCGCUCUAUGAGACCGAGACGUUAUUAUACUUUUAUUAAAUAUGCUAUUGUUCCAAGUCCAACUGUCCCCCUUACUUGCACACACUCGAAGGGCCGCAUGUUGCUUGUUGCCUAGGGCCCCCGGGGACCCUUGCUACGCCUUUGACUAUUGCACAGUGUUCUGUUUUCGGCUGUAUGAACAGGGAGAACAGGAUUUGCCCGUCACCCUCCGUGCAAGCCAAGCUGAUGACAGUACUCUUGGAAGAGGUGGGAGUGAAGUCAGGCAUUAAAACUAUUAUUCAUUUUUGCCCAUAAACGAUCCGGGAGCUCGUAGAGGGCAUGAUGCAGGUAAAUGCUACCUUCAUUAUGGAUGCGAAUAAUGCGGUCAACAUCCUCUGAGAAAGGUGGAAAAAGAAAGGCAACAAGAGAGAAAAAAGACUAAAGAUGAGAAAGAGAACAUGACACCAUUUUUUUAUUUUUAUAACUGGGUUUGAUAUUCUUCAGAGUUCACUUGCUGCAUGCUAACAAUGCCCGCUAAUGCCUAUCUAGCACAUUAACUUGAGAGCUAAAACUAUCCGAGCUGUGAACUUCAAACCCAAACUGGCAAACCCGUAGCCCUUUGUGUUAGGAGUAACGCCGUUAUAAAUAAUGCCGUUACGUAAUGGCGUUAUUUUUCAGUAACGGGGUAAUCUAACUAAUUACUUUUUCCGCCGUUACAACGCCGUUACCGUUACUGACGGUCAAAAGCGGUGCGUUACUUACUCUGAAUAAAUUGAAGAAUCUACCAGCCGUGUCGAGCCGACUCUCUGCUCUGUUGAUUUGUCAUCCAAGACUUGGGGAGCGUUCAGGUUCGAGAAUAGCGCACGUACUUCUGACUCCAAGCUGUUUGUCCCUGCUCAUUCAAUUAGACAAUGCUUUCCAAAGUUUGGUAACGUUUCUGUGUUUGCUACACCUGAUGCUAGCCUCGUUCCCAUCUCCCACUGUCAGCCAGCAAUAAUUCUGCUUCCAUCUUGAGGACGGCAGACGCUUUGAAGGUGACGUGAAAUGUCGGGAAACGAGCCUACCUGAAUGCAGCCCCUCGAGAGAUGCGAUGGAAGUGAUUGUGAUUGGCUGAGGGUUAGAGUCAUGUGUCGUGGUAAGCCAAUCAGAGCCGGUGAUUUCACAAGCAAACCGGAACAGCGCGUGCGGCAAACACAUGCAAAACAGAUGCACAGGGUCGGGAUGGCAGAGCAUUCAGUAGAAAAAUUGUCCUUUAAGAGGUGGAGAUAUAGACACUAUUUCAAGUUUGUCGAAAUUAAAGGAAAGAGCCUGCAUGUAAUGUGUAAUUUAUGUCCCGGGGCAAAGCUUUUGUCGACAUCUGUGGUAAGCAAUUCAAAUCUGCUGAAGCACCUAACAAGUUAACUACCUGCAUUGUGAUACAUCCUAGCUGGCUGUCCGUAAGUUACCUGUAGCGCAAAACAAUUUGGGUAUAACUGAUGUCACAUUCAUCCCAAAAUGGCAGCACCGAAGAGUUUUCGUCAUUUUCAGUGGUUAUUUUAACUCUUGUAAUUUGCAUACUUAGAAUCUUUGCGCAACCAUUUUCCACACGUCAUUCAUUCUAAACCUUCCCUCUUCCUUUUAAUAUACUAGUAUAUACUGGACUGUCUCAGGAAAUUAGAAUACACAAUAAUUUUUUGAGACAGUCCUGUGUAUAUAUACAGGACUGUCUCAGGAAAUUAGAAUACACAAUAUUCUAAUUUUCCAGUCAAAAAAUUAGAAUAUUGUGUAUUCUAAUUUCCUGAGACAGUCCAGUAAAUAUCAAAGACAAACAAAUGCACUAUUUAGCAUUAUAAAAGAAAUGUCAAUAAAUUUCAUAUUUUUGCUUAAAAAAAUAAAGAUUCCUUUUUAAAAUAUAAAUAUAUAUAUAUAUAUACACAUAUAUUAAAAAAAUCAACGCAAUAUUGCUAAAUCAAACCUUUAUUUUGAAUUAUAUUUUAAUUUGAAUAAAAUCUAAUAGCUGAGCUGUCAUUUGGUUAUACUGUAUUACUGCACAUCUAGUUGCAAAUUAAAUACUAUUUAUGCUUCAAGUUUUUUGUUUUUUGUUUUUUAUGUCAAUGAGAUGUCAAAGCAACUUUGAUGUUGUACAGAAGAUUCUUGAAUGUAACUGAGGAAAUGACAUGAUAUAAAAAGCGUGAGUGCAUGUGUGUAAAUGUGACUUGUGUAAAUGACGUGUGUGUGGGGGGGCUGUGUGUGUGUGUACUGUACUGUGACACCCUUGUACAUCGCCAAUGGGUUACGAUCCAUUCAGUUAUUGGCGGGAAUAAAUCAAUUUUGAAAAUUCUGAAGAUUGUUGUUUGUUUUCCUUGGAAUUUACAUUUUAAUCAUUUAAGACAUUUUUUUGUGGUGUGGAAAGCUUUGAAAAGCUGUAUCGCUUACAGAUAUAUUUGUUGAUUAUGCAAAAACGUCUAUUUUUUAGCUAAAAAAAAAAAAAAAAAAAAACUAAA